AUGGCGGAAGUGCCGGCUUUCGCCCUCAGCCAGUACGGAAAGUCGAUAAAGGGCAUUGUUGAGCUUGAGACCACAGAAGAAUCCGUCGAGGUUGUUCUCACGUCAUGUAUCCUCUUUGCUCUCCUGGAGAGCAUGCGUGGCUUCCAUCACUCUUCCAUGAGUCACCUGGUUGCGGGCCUCAAGGUCCUUCGUGAAAGUCAGAUCAGUGGUCGCUUCCCAUCACCCCAUUCGUCACUACUGAGCAGAGCCUUGCAAUGGCUCUUUAUACGCGCCGAUAGCCAGCUGAUGGAUGUCGGAGGCGCUGAAUUUGGACGCAGCGUGCAAGUAUACCAACCCAUGGAGUAUUUCAUGCCCGACUACUUCCGUGACAUCGGUGAGUCGUUGUUCUACAUUGAACUGCUUCACAACCGCGUCAUGUACGUCCUUAUGCGAUGGGAGCCCAUCAUCUCGGAGCAUGGCUACACUGCAAGCGUCACCGACGGACUAGAGAAGGAUCGCAAUAAAUACCGGGGGGAACUUGCGAGGUUUCGCACCGCGCACGAGCGUAUGCUCGAUAGCAAAUUGGGAUUGAACUCCAUCGAAGGGCAUCGAGCAGGCCAUUUGGCGAUCAGCCUGUCCAGCAAAGUUACUGCGGUCUUACUUGAAGUCGACGAUUUCGUGAACCCAGAGCAAGACUUUGACAAAAGUCUCGAGACUUUCCAAGCCAUGGUCGAAGAAUCCGAACAAUUCAUAGAGUUGUCCCGACGAAUCAAUACGAUCGCUAGCCGGUCCUCUAACGGCCCAGACGAAUCAAAGCCACGAGCCAUUCUGACUAUGUCUUCCGGAUGUGUCCUCCCGCUUUACUUCGUUGCCGCUCGCUGCCGCCACAGUGCUACUCGUCAUAAAGCGCUACGUCUGCUCCAGACUUGUAAGCGAAGAGAAGGAUUGUGGGACUCAGAUCUCGCCGCAGAUAUCGCUGAGAAAGUCAUCUCCAUCGAAGAGAGCAAUGCCAAAGCCAUAUUUGAGAAACAACGCCUCAGAUCCCCUUCCUCCUACGAUACGUCUGAACAGACGAUGACGCCAGGAGAUCUCUCGAACAUGACAAAACCGGAGCUCGAUGUACCUGAUGAGGCUCGCAUUCGUACCGUUGUUAUGUACUACGAUCGCGUAGGGGACACAGGACGCGCCGAAUUCCAUCAGCGACCGCCCUGGACGGUGAUACCUUCAGCCGGUAACAAGCUGGAGGGGUUUCGGUCGAUCGAGCAAGUUGCUUUUGGCACACCGGGCCCAAGAGCAGUGGUGAGGGAAGUGCUGAUGCACACCUAA